AUGGAAAAUCAGAAUAAUGUUACUGAAUUUAUUCUCUUGGGACUUUCUAGGAACAAGAAAGUCCAGAUCCUCUGCUUUUUAUUUUUCUUACUCUGUUACCUAGCUAUCUGGCUGGGUAAUCUGGUUAUUAUGGCUUCUAUCACCCGCAGUCAGCUAAUUAACCAGCCCAUGUACUUCUUCCUUAAUUACCUUGCCCUCUCUGACCUCCUCUACACCUCCACUGUGACACCCAAACUAAUGACUGACUUACUGACAGAGAAGAAGGUCAUUUCCUAUAAUAACUGCAUGACCCAGCUGUUUACCACACACUUCUUUGGAGGGGUCGAGGUCUUCAUCAUCACAGGAAUGGCCUACGACCGCUAUGUGGCCGUCUGCAACCCACUCCACUAUGCCGCCCUCAUGAAUAGGCAAAGAUGCAACUCAAUUCUCAGAGCAUCAUGUGCGGGUGGGUUUCUGCACUCCCUUGGCCUGUUUCUUCUCACAAUUUUUUUACCGUUCUGCGGUCCCAAUGAAAUAGAUCACUAUUUCUGCGAUGUAUAUCCUUUGUUGAAACUGGCCUGCAUUGAUACACACCAAAUUGGUUUCUUAGUCAUUGCCAAUUCCGGCUUGAUGGGACUGGUGAUCUUCGUGGUUUUGAUGGCCUCCUACUGUAUGAUAUUGUAUAACGUGAGAGCGUAUUCUGCAGAGAACCGCCACAAAGCACUUUCCACUUGCAGCUCCCACAUCACAGUUGUGAUCCUGUUUUUCGCACCUGUCAUCUUUGUUUACAUUAGACCUGCCACAACUUUACCGGAAGAUAAAGUGUUCACCCUCUUCUACACAAUUAUUGUCCCCAUGCUCAAUCCUCUUAUCUACACCCUUAGAAACACAGAGAUGAAAAAUGCCAUAAGGAAAGUUUGGUGCAAUGGAAGGUUUUGGAAAGAGAAGUAA